AUGGCGAGCAUAUAUGGAAAUUCCACGCUGACCCUGGCCGCCAGCGUGGCAGCGAACAGUGACGGGGAAUUGUACGGCACGCCAAGUCCGACGGAAACGGGUGUCUUGGUGGAAGGGCUUCAAGCGCUAGGAGUCACCGACAAGAUCUUCGUCCGAGAAAUGCUGGAACACAGGAUGGAGUUGUUUCCUCUCCUAAAGAGAGCUUGGGCGUAUCAGGAACGACUGCUUUCUCCACGAUAUCUGCACUUCUCACCCGUUGAGUUGAUUUGGGAAUGCAACUCGCAAACGGUCUGCAUGUGCUCUGGCCGAGACAUUGAGAGUGAGAGAGGAUUGGGAGAAAAGACUCACGGUCGCUUCGCGAAGAAAAACUUUUGGCACUGUCUAGGGUGGAACGAGCGGGAAAAGUAUUUCAAGAUCAAGGAGGAAUGGAGAAGUUUUGCAUGGAAUACAGUAGUGGAACAAUAUUCCUCUUUGAAUAUCACCUAUCGGAGAGACAGACUCCCGGCCAUUUCUGGGAUGGCGAAACAGUUCCGUUACCUCGGUCAGAGAGGUGAAUACCUGGCGGGCCUCUGGCGCGACACAUUUCUGGAAAAUAUGAUGUGGAGGGCGUCUGCUCGUUCAGCUAGCAUGCCCAAGGCCAGUGAAUGGGUUGCACCUACGUGGUCUUGGUGCUCGGUGGGCGCAGGCGUCACUUAUUUUGGACAGCCUUGGGUUGCAUUGGAGAUCAGCGACCGGAUCAGCCUCCUGGGCGCGACUUGUGAACAUCUCUACGAGGACAACACUCUGAAUCUGAAAUCCGCUUCAAUAACUCUUCAUGGGCCGGCAUUCAAUGCUACAGUUCAGUAUACCUCUAAUGCUCACGGGUGUAAAACGUACGCCCUGGUUAUAGAGGGAGUAAAACCAGGAAAAUUCCUUGUCGACUAUGAUAUAUCAGCGCCCGGCGAUGGUCACCUUCCAUGUGGAAGCGAACUGCUCUGUCUUGAAGCCGGAAACGUGACCAUCUAUGGCGAAGAUGGGUUCGGAAUGCAUGCGCUAGUUUUCCGGAAGCUGCCAGACGGCAGAUUUGAGAGAGUGGGUUUGGUCGAGUGGGCAGAAGACAUCCGUGGCGCUGCGAAUCAGGCCGAAACGACUAUAUUGACAGUUCAUUGGGCCGACUUCUACUGCGCAGCCGAAUGUCCACCUGAAGCCAGGCGACCGGAUGGAGAACCUGAUAGGCCAUAUGUCCUAGUACACUCGCCUUCACAACAGGCCUUGGAACCCCAAGAGCAGAUUGGCGAAACGGUGAAAACUCGGUUCAAUCCCGCCAACUGGGACCUGAUCAGGCGCACCUUCAAAAACCUCUUUGAUCGCGAUCCCAGAGGCAUUCACCCUGUCAUCUUUCUCAUACUAGAUCAGCAGUCCACUGAGGAUUGCAAGGUCAUUGUCAUGCAUGAAGACGUGUGUCACUGGCAGUGGCUCACGCCAGAAGGUGACUUCAUCGACAACGCUACGGAAGGAAGGGAGGACCUAGUUAAAAGGACGGUUUGGUACAAGUAUCGGGUGCCCUUUGAGGAAGCAUGGACUGCUCAAUGCGCAAUCGAGGGAUUGUGCAGUCUAGAAUUUGCAGAGCUCUAUUUUGAGAAGACUGUUAUGGGUGACGUUUGCGUGGAGGGGAAAGUUGAAUGA